GUGAACGAGAGCCAGAAAGACGGCAAGGGACGCUUGCAACAUUGUUGUAAUAUUGUCAAAAAUAAGGUUUUGCUUGUAUGUGUAUGAUUUGCGACAAUAGUAAUGAAAACCGAAUUGAACCAGAAAUGGAUUGUGUGCCGCGUUUGCCUGAGCAAUCCAAACGAGGGUGAGGAACUGCUACAGGACAUAUUCAGCCAAAAUGCGAGCACCCGCCUUGAUCAGAUGCUCCACAUCUGUGCUGGGAUUCCCGUGAGCAUAGAUGAUAAUUUUCCGGACAAGAUGUGUGCAAAGUGUGUGCGUGUGCUGCGUGUCGCCUACAAAUUCCGAAUGACUUGCCAGCGAUCGCAUCAGCAUAUCGCAGAUAUGUUAUCCGCUGAGUUGAACACUGCACUGGGCGCUGGCGAUGAUGACGAGGCGCAGGCGGAGGCUGAGGCUAUUGCGCGCGCAUGGGAGGAGCAUGAGGCGAAAACGCAGCAGGCUAAUAAUAAUCAAAUCAAAUUGGAACGCGAUGUUGAAGUUGCUCAUGAGGAGUUUCUUAGAUAUGUGGUUGCUGCCGAGGAUGUGGAUGCAGAAACGGAAGUGGAUACCAUUGUCUAUGAUGCCACGAACGCUGUGGAUACUGUUGUUUUCGAAGAUGCCACAGUUGUCGAGGUGGCUGGCGAGGCUGAGGUGGAAACGGAAACAGAUGCCGAAAACUUUGCAGAUUACGAGGAACUGGAGAUUUUGGCAUCCGAAACCCAAGCCCCAAGCAGCACAUCAGCGCCAGCCAAAGGAGCCACACAGCAGCAAGUUGCUUGGAGCCAUGUGCCUGACGACGAUAUUGAUAUCUUAAGCUCCGAUGACGACAACUAUUUGCCAGAGGCUAAACCGCAGCAGCCGCGCCUCCUCAAUCGCAUCGGGCAGCCGCGCAAGGUGCAGCAGCGAGUCAAGGCAACGGCAACCGCAACGGGCGGCGGCGUGCAUGAGGAGAAGAAAAUGGGUCGCAAGCCCCGCGACAAGCAUUCGAAUUACAUCUGCGAUGUUUGUGGCAACAUUUAUGCAUCCCAGGCACGCCUCACCGAGCACAUGAAAUUUCACAGUGGCGUCAAGCCGCAUGAGUGCGAAAUCUGUGGUCGUGGCUUCGUGCAGAACCAGCAGCUGGUGCGGCACAUGAAUACGCAUACUGGAAAUCGACCGUACAAAUGUAAUUUCUGCCCAGCCGCCUUUGCCGAUCGCUCCACGAAGACCAAGCAUCAUCGAAUACAUACCAAGGAGCGUCCGUACGAGUGCGAUGUAUGCCUGAAGACGUUUACAUAUUCGGACAAUUUGAAAUUUCACAAAAUGAUACACACGGGUGAAAAGCCGCACGUCUGCGAUCUGUGCGGCAAGGGUUUCGUGAAGGCCUACAAAAUGCGAUUGCAUCGUGUGACGCACGAGAAACGUGGCAACUGGAAGCCCGUCGAACUGGAUAGGGAUCGUAUUAAAGAUAACAUGGCUGAAAUCCCAAUUAGCAUGUUUCCAUCGGUCUAGACCUUGUACAAAUAAUUAUAAUUAUAAUUAUAGUCUUAGCUUUUAUUCGAUAUUAUUAAGUAAGUUGUGUGCUAUUUGUUUUUUAAUUUCUCAAAAGAACUGUGCAAGGAAAUUGUUUCCAUUAGUAAAACAGAAAAUAUAACCAAAUUAUUGCAAAUCAAUAUUAUUUAAAUUUCAGAAUAAUAAAUGUUAGUUGAAUAAAACUAAA